AUAGCGCCACCCACCGCGAAACACCUCGAAUUUUCAAACCGUCGUUUAUGUCCAUGUACACAUUGCUGAACCUAGAUAUGCAUGUCUAUCGCGAAUAAUUGACAUAAACAUAACCUUAAUCUAAUCGGUGUCUGGAUUGAUGCGGUAUUGCGAUUUGCGGUAUUGCUAUAUAUUACAAACUAUAAUCUUCGAGUAAUUUUAUUUAUUCGUACGUAUAUAUUGUGGAACAAUCCUUACCAGUAAAAAUGGUUGUGCGGCAAUAUACAGAAGAAUUAAAAUAUUUGGAAAAAAUAAACGCUAACUGUUGGAAAAUUAAAAAGGGUUUUCAACCUAACAUGAAGGUUGAAGGUGUAUUUUAUGUAAAUAAUACGCUAGAGAAGUUAAUGCUUGAUGAACUGAAAAAUGCAUGUAGACCUGGUGCUGUGGGAGGAUUUUUACCAGGAGUUAAACAAAUAGCGAAUGUUGCAGCUCUUCCUGGUAUAGUAGGAAGAUCAGUGGGUUUACCAGAUGUUCAUUCUGGAUAUGGAUUUGCAAUAGGUAACAUGGCAGCAUUUGAUAUGAACGAUCCAAAAUCUAUUAUUUCACCUGGUGGUGUAGGAUUUGAUAUUAAUUGUGGUGUGAGACUUUUAAGAACAAACCUUUUUGAAAAGGAUGUACAACCAGUUAAGGAACAACUUGCUCAAAGUAUGUUUGAUCACAUACCAGUAGGUGUUGGCUCCAAAGGAAUCAUCCCUAUGAAUGCCAGAGAUUUGGAAGAAGCUUUGGAAAUGGGAAUGGACUGGUCCCUAAGAGAAGGAUAUAUUUGGGCUGAGGAUAAAGAACAUUGUGAAGAGUACGGUAGAAUGUUACAGGCAGAUCCAUCUAAAGUAUCAAUGCGAGCUAAAAAACGGGGUCUUCCACAGUUGGGUACAUUAGGAGCAGGAAAUCAUUAUGCGGAGAUUCAAGUUGUAGAAGAAAUUUACAACAAAUCAGCAGCUAGUAAGAUGGGUAUUGAAGAAAAGGGUCAAGUUUGUGUUAUGAUUCAUUCAGGAAGUCGUGGCUUUGGUCAUCAAGUAGCUACAGAUGCCUUGGUUCAAAUGGAAAAAGCUAUGAAAAGAGAUAACAUUGAAGUGAAUGACAGGCAACUUGCAUGUGCACACAUUAAUUCACAAGAAGGUCAAGAUUACCUAAAAUCAAUGGCUGCAGCUGCGAAUUUUGCGUGGGUGAAUCGAAGUUCUAUGACAUUCCUAAGUCGGCAAGCGUUUGCUAAACAGUUCAACAUGUCACCCGAUGAUUUGGAUAUGCACGUCAUCUAUGAUGUGUCUCACAACGUAGCUAAGGUCGAAGAGCAUAUGGUUGACGGGAAACAAAAAACACUCCUAGUUCAUCGAAAGGGAUCAACGAGAGCUUUCCCACCACAUCAUCCAUUGAUCCCUGUAGAUUAUCAAUUGACAGGUCAACCAGUAUUAAUUGGAGGUACCAUGGGUACAUGUAGUUAUGUACUUACGGGAACUGAACAAGGGAUGAACGAAACUUUUGGUUCGACGUGUCAUGGAGCCGGCCGGGCGCUAUCUCGUGCAAAAUCUAGGAGAAAAUUAGACUAUCAAAAAGUACUUAACAAGUUAGAAGACAUGGGUAUUUCUAUACGUGUUGCUUCGCCAAAGUUAGUUAUGGAAGAAGCUCCAGAAUCUUAUAAAAAUGUUACCGAUGUUGUAAAUACGUGUCACGACGCUGGAAUCUCUAAGAAGUGUAUUAAACUCAGACCGAUUGCAGUGAUAAAAGGAUAAAUUAAAAUGAUGCCGGUAAAUUAUGUUUUUGUACAACGUACUGAUAUUAAGUAUAUUUUAAGAAUACAUUAAACCUUGGAAAUGUGACAUUUUCCAUAAGUAUAAGUCAAUUUGUACCUAUUUACUGAAAUACUACUACGCAUAAUCGACUGUUGUAACUAAUAAAUGAAUUUUUCAAAA